GUCAUUGGUUGCAGGAAUGUCCAAAAUCGACUAAUCGAUGAUCUUGCAAUGUGAUUCGUAGAAAAUUUUCACUGCCACUUCACGCCUCUUCCACUGUCCACUGCCUUCAGACAGUUAUUUGUUCACAUGGAAUUCGGUCUCCUUAUGUAAUCUCCAUGGAGCCAACUCCGAGCCACGCAGUGCGCAUGCACAAUUUCAAAAACAGCAGCAACAAAUGUUGUUAAUGAAAAUUUGCGCAUGUGUUGACUCGGAGUUGGUUCUUUCACCAGAGAUUCCCUGUGUAUCUAACUCUGGGAUCCACGGAGCACCGAACCAACUGGGUAAAGUACCUGGUAUUUAUGUUUUGAUUCAAAAUCAAUCUUGAGUUGGCUGACAAGCCGCAGACAUGCAUCGUUUAAUCUACUCAGUAAACACACAAAUAGUCGUCACUCGUUUUACCCACACCACAAUCUCGCGCAAGUCACCCGACGUCGUGUUGUUGGAUACCAUGAUAUAAUAAUAGUUGUCUCCGUACUUCGUAACGCCAGUCUACACGCUUAGCCGUUGUUAUUUUAAGUGAAGAAAAUGUCGCGUAUCUUGAUAUCGGCUGUAUUGAUUCUAUCCACGAGUGAUUUUCACCACGUAUUUGCAUCGAGAAUACUUGGAAUAUUUCCGUUUCCUUCUAUCAGUCAUCAAAUCGUAUAUCGUGGACUGACUCUGGCGCUGAGAGAGCGAGGUCACGAACUCGUCGUUAUCACUACGGACCCGAUCGACGAUCCAGACCUGAAGAACUACACGGAGAUAGACAUACAUUUUCUCUACGACGGUUUUAAUGAGGAUAUAGAUUGGAUAGCGAUUCGAAAAAAGGGGUCAUGGCUUGAAUUGCUCCAAGGCGUAAUGUCAAGGUUCAUUUCGAUGACCGAACGCGUUCUCAGCAUUCCGGAAGUGAAAAAGUUUUGUUCACCUAACAGUGGCGAAAAGUUUGACUUGCUGAUAAUCGAGAUGCUGUAUUGGCCCGCUAUUUUACCUCUCGCCAAACGACUUGACGUUCCAGUUGUGGGUGUAGCAUCUUUUGGUUUGCCGAUUCAUUUGCAAUAUGCAGUUGGCAAUCCCAUAAUAACUUCUCAUCCCGCGCAUUGGGACGCCAAAAUAAAAGUCCUUGGAAAAUCUUCACUUUGGGAAAGGCUACAGAACUUCGUGGACAGUUGGAAAUUUUUGCACUAUUACAGGACGGAUUAUUUGUCGAGGCAACAGUAUAUAGCGAGGGAAUAUUUUGGAAGCGACGUUCCUGACAUUGCCGAUAUCGAAAAGAACGUUAGUUUGAUUUUCGUCAAUCAGCAAGCACCAAUUUCGUUUGUUAGACCGAAUAUUCCUAAAAUAAUAGACAUCGGUGGAUUUCACAUCUCAGAUAAAGUCAAGCCGCUGUCAAAGAACCUUCAGAAGACUUUGGAUGACGCGACGCAAGGCUUCAUAUACAUGAGCCUCGGAACGAACGUCAAGAGCGUCAUGUUGAGUAACGAAAUGCGGGAAGAAUUUAUAGCCGCAUUUUCGUCGCUACCCUACACCGUCAUUUGGAAAUUCGAAGAUGAUGUUCUUCCUGGCCGGCCAGACAACGUGAUAAUCAUGAAAUGGGCCCCACAACAGUCCAUUCUAGCGCAUCCGAAUCUGAAAGUAUUCAUAUACCAAGGAGGACUUCAGAGCACAGAGGAGGCGAUUUCUCACGCUGCUCCUGUGAUCGGUUUACCUGUUUACAGCGAUCAGGACACACACGUCAACAAACUGGCUUCCCUUGGUGUUGGAAAGAAGUUAGAAAUCCUCAGUGUUAACAGGGUGGACCUGGUGAAAGCGAUUCAGUCAAUUGUGGUCGAUAGCAGCUACAAGAAACGGAUGCUUGAACUGCGGGACUUGAUGAAAGACAAGCCGUACGAUUCGUUGGAGAACGCGGUUUGGUGGACGGAACACGUGAUACGUCACAAAGGUGCUCCUCAUCUCCAUUCGACGACAGCCGACGAUCCCUGGUAUCAGCGUCAGGACAUGGACUUGGUUUUCAUUAUUUCUACCACGAUUUGGACAGCUUUGAUCAUAGCACUAGUUGUACUGUACAAGGUAUUGGUUUACACUGUUCGUUUGCUAAACUGUGAUCAGCUGUCAGUUGGCAAGAAAGAAAAAUUAUGUUAGUUCAUGCUGGAGAUUUUAUUGCAGUUGGUAUUUUACGAAAAACAUUUUUAUGAAAUGGACGUAUGAAAAAAUCAUCACGAAAUAAAUCAAACCCGUCAAAGGGCCCAAUAGGAAUCACAUGUCUAUCUAAUAAAUGAUAUUCGAAAUAUCAGCUCACAUUCCACAUCACCUUUAUGCAAAUAGCACAGUUUAUUUGACCUCUUCUGUAACUCAAGACUGUGUAUUUUUGGGAACCGUUGUGUUUUCUGUUUUAUUUUUACAGUUAAUAAAAUAUCACGUAGACCCGAUGCCUCGCUAACAAUAAUAACGUUUCACAAACACGAUGCCGAAUUAUUCUUGUGCAAAUAUUUUCAUAAUAUUGAAAACAACAUUCUCGCCGAAUAGCGCGAAUGUUUCGAUUUCGGACGGAGGAAGUAAAUAGAGAUGUGAAUUGGAUAGCGGAACAGAAUGAGGUGAAACAAACGCUUCGAUUGAUCCGGAGCAUAAUGCCAAGGUUAAUGUCGAUGACCGAACCUCUCCUCAGCAAUUCAGAACUAAAGACACUAUUUGCAUCGAAUAGCGGAGAAAAGUUUGACUUGAUGAUAAUUGAGAUGAUUUCCUGACCGGGUUUGUUACCUCUGAUCAAACGUUUCGACGUUCCGGUUAUAGUCAUGUAAUUUUUAUCGUAAUCUAAUCUAUUUUCAUCUGCAAUUUCAUUAUCACAGUUUGGUGGCAAUCAUUGAAAAUACGGACCAGCUUAAUGUCGACGAAUCAUCGCAUGUACAGAAUAUCUAAUAAUUACUUCGGCACUUAUUGUGAAGCUGAUGUUUCGAAUUCUGAUACUAAUCGUGCAAAGGUUCAACGAUAAUUUCACACCUCUUUGUGAUAAAUGAAAUGUCAAGAAUAUUUUUUACAUGUUAUUCUAUGAUUCCUAUACCAAAAUAUUAGUAAAUAAAAUGCAAUCCUGCUGAAA